UAAAAUCUGUAAUUUUUGAAGGUUAUAUGUGAAUCAUAUGUUAUGAAAAGUGUUAAUUUGUAUCAUAACGUUUAAGUGAUUUUAUUUGAUUUUUAACGUGAAUGAAAAGUGUAUUAAUGAUUAUUAUUUAGGACGGAUUCAUUCGUAAAUAAACGAUAAAAUUUCAUUAGAUAAUAAAAUAAUUUAUAAAAUGAAAGUAACGUUUUUUACUGAAUCGGUAGCGUGUUGUGCUGCACGAAUUGGUAUUCUAAGCGGGUUUGAAAGGUUCCCUAAUAUUUCUUUUGAAACACCUCUGCUACUUACCUACACAAAGGGUGGUAGUGUACCACAUUUAACAAAGGAUGUAUUUAAAAUGGUAACUUCAGAGCAACACGUGUUAUCUGUCUCACUUUCUUCUACUAUAUUAAUGGCAGAUAGCAUUAAAGAACUUGAUAUUUCUUUUGUUGACUUUGUUGGUAUGAAGAAUUACAUCAACUUUUUAUCAAUACAUGAUCCUGCAUACACUACUAAUUCUGGUUUCCAGCAACUAGAUUCCAUCUCAAUUUGGUCCAGAACAGGAAGAUCUAAGCUUACAGCUAAUAAAUAUAUGGAGAUUGUGCAAACUUUCAAACCAGAUCUGUAUAUUGCUCUGUGUGAUGGCGAUACAAACAUCAAUAGCAGUGCAAAACGAGUGUCCAAUGCUGUUAAUCGUAGUAAAACUUUAUUAGAGCAGUGUCUAAAUAUACAUCAGAGCUCAGACACAUUGAAAUCAACAGGAAUAUUGGGUGCAGUGGAGGGUGGCUAUAAUUUGGAAGCUAGAGCAGAAUCUAUCAAUCAUUUGAAAAGUAUGCCUUUAACAGGAUUUGUGAUAGAUGGGCUACACAACAAUGGACCAAGUGUGCAAAAUAUUCCAUCUGAAUUAAUUAAACAUGUAGUGCAACAUACUACUAGUUUGCUGCCUGUUGAUAAAGUAAGAGCAUCAUUAGGCUGUUGGAAUCCAGCUAUAGUACUCGAUCUCGUUGAAUUAGGAGUAGAUAUAUUCGAUUCAUCUUACCCUUAUGUAAUCACUGAACAAUCACAGGCUUUGGUUUUCAUGUGCGAUGAGGAUGCUUGCGAGAAUCAAUGUGUAAUAUCAAUAGCAGAAAAGAGAUAUAAAGACGAUUUUUCUCCUAUUUGUACAAAAUGCACGUGUCUUACAUGUCGGAAUCAUACAAAAGCAUAUCUUCAUCACUUACAACAUACUCAGGAAAUGCUUGGUUCAGUACUUUUAAUGAUACACAACACUCAUCAGUACCUCAUAUUUUUCACUGUCAUACGUGAUAGUUUAAAAAAUGGAACAUUUGAUCAACUUCAAACAAAAAUUCGCUCAAAAUAUGAAACCAACUCUAUAUAUAAACAAUUAAAUAUAAAUAUAAAAACUUAAAUUAAAUAUAAACUAUAUAUAAACAA